UACAACCUCAAUUGCCCCCUACCCUCUCCCAAACGGCCCCGUCACGGCCCAAUCCCUCCACCAUGCUGCAACAACGGUCCGCCCGCCUAUUCUCCGCCCUCUCUACCCUCUCCGCCGCCCGCCCUGCGCCUUCCCUUGCGCUGCGAUGUCGGAGAGCUUACAGCACCGAAUCACCUAAGCUGGCGGGCAUUGAUCCCUCCAAGCUGUCCAUCACCAAGACGACGACUCCCAAGGACCUGCUGCCCGCCGAGGAGCUGGUCUUUGGCCGCACCUUCACUGGUAUACACCUACAUCAUACCACCCAUAUCGCAUGACAUGACCGGUUGCUGAUAUGACUCCCACCCGCCAGACCACAUGCUCUCGCUCGAAUGGACCGCUUCGCAAGGAUGGCUGAGCCCGCGCAUCACUCCCUACCAGAACCUGUCGCUGGACCCUGCGACAUGCGUCUUCCACUACGCCUUCGAAUGCUUCGAGGGCAUGAAGGCGUACAAGGACGAGAAGGGCACCAUCCGGCUGUUCCGGCCCGACAAGAACAUGGCGCGACUGAACAAGUCGUCGGCGCGGAUUGCGCUACCGACGUUCGACAGUGAGCCCAUGACGGAGCUCAUCUCCAAGUUCGUCUCGCUCGAGGAGCGCUUCAUCCCGUCGCAGCGCGGCUACAGCCUGUACCUGCGGCCGACGAUGAUCGGGACGCAGCGGACGCUGGGCGUCGGCCCGCCGGGCUCGGCGCUGCUGUACGUGAUCGCGUCGCCCGUGGGCCCGUACUACCCGACGGGCUUCAAGGCCGUCUCGCUCGAGGCGACCGACUACGCCGUGCGCGCGUGGCCCGGCGGCGUCGGCGACAAGAAGCUCGGCGCCAACUACGCGCCGUGCAUUGUGCCGCAGAUGCAGGCGGCCAGCCGCGGCUUCCACCAGAACCUGUGGCUGUUUGGCGAGGAGGAGUACGUCACCGAGGUCGGCACCAUGAACCUGUUCGCGGCCAUCAAGGACAAGGAGACGGGCCAGCCCGAGCUCGUCACUGCCCCGCUCGACGGCACCAUCCUCGAGGGCGUCACGCGCGACUCGAUUCUGGAGCUGGCGCGCGAGCGCCUCACGCCCAAGGGCUGGAAGAUCAGCGAGCGCAAGUUCACCAUGCGCGAGCUGGCCGACGCGGCGGACGAGGGCCGCAUGCUCGAGGUCUUUGGCUCCGGCACCGCUGCCGUCGUCAGCCCUGUGCGCAAGAUCAGCUGGCGCGGCCGUCUCGUCGAGUGCGGGCUCGAGGAGGGCAAGGAGGCUGGCCCCAUUGCGCAGAAGAUGAUGGACUGGAUCGCGGGCAUCCAGUACGGUGACGAGAAGCACCCCUGGAGUGUCACCAUCUAAGCAGACCACGUGAUGGCGUGACGACAUGAGAGGUGGCGCAUGUAACCACUACAUACAAGCACGCCGCACACAUACAUUCGUGCACACGUAAAAUAGAGGCUAUCUAGACGCGCGGCAUGGCGCGGUGCCAACACCAAAAGCGAGAAGAGAGAGUGAGAGAGUGCGAGAGAGAAAGAAAAGAAAAAGAGCAGAAGUUAAAGAAGGAGCCCCCCAGGCUCUGGCUCAGGCCCAGGUAGCGCCAUCCAUCUAUCCAUCUAGAUCUCUCUGUUUUUUUUUUUACAGCUUCUUCUUCUUUUUCUUCGCUUCUUCUCUUUCUUUCCCUCUUCCUCCUCUUU